GCGGCUUCUGUUGUGACUCGGGCAGCCUAUCCCGAGGGUGGGGAGCUGCCGAGGAACCGGAGCCGAGCGGUACUCCGCAGCAUCACGUGCCGGGGUGGGGGGCUAUAAAAUCCCGGAGCCGGGGCGCCAGGCGGGCGAGGUGAGGACCAGCCCUCUCCGGGGACCCCUUUGUUCGCGUCCCAGACACCGGCACCUCCGCGUCCCCAAGGGCUUGACCGCCAGAGUCCGCGCCGCACCGGGGGCAGAGCUCAGAACCGGAGAGAGCAGGGGGCGCCGCUGCCGGCCCAGCCCUCUAGCCACCCACCCCUCCCGACAUGUCGCGCUCCUUCUAUGUCGACUCGCUCAUCAUCAAGGACUCCUCCCGGCCUGCGCCCUCGCUGCCUGAGCCGCACACUGGGCCAGAUUUUCUCAUCCCGCUGGGCAUGCCAUCCCCGUUGGUGAUGUCCGUGUCCGGUCCUGGCUGCCCAUCCCGUAAGAGCGGCGCGUUCUGUGUGUGCCCGCUCUGCGUCACUUCGCACCUGCACUCCUCUCGAGGGCCCGCGAGUGCUGGCGGCGUAGGCGCAGGGGCUGGGGGAGCUGGGGCCGCGGGGGGCGCAGGGGCCUUACCCCUGCUCAAGAGCCAGUUUUCUUCGAGUCCUGGGGACGCGCAGUUUUGCCCGCGGGUAAGCCACGCGCACCAUCACCACCACUCACCGCAGCACCACCAUCACCACCACCAGCCCCAGCAGCCCAGCUCGGCAGCGGCGGCGGCGGCAGCGGCGGCGGCGGCGGCGGCGGCCUUGGGGCAUCCGCAGCACCAUGCACCUGUCUGCGCCGCCACCACCUACAACGUGGCGGACCCGCGGAGAUUCCACUGCCUCACCAUGGGAGGCUCGGAUGCCAGCCAGGUACCUAAUGGCAAGAGGAUGAGGACGGCGUUCACCAGCACGCAGCUCCUGGAGCUGGAACGCGAAUUCUCUUCUAACAUGUAUCUGUCUCGACUCCGGAGGAUCGAAAUCGCCACGUACCUGAACCUGUCGGAGAAGCAGGUGAAAAUCUGGUUUCAGAACCGCCGGGUGAAGCACAAGAAGGAGGGGAAGGGCACGCAGAGGAACAGUCACGCGGGCUGCAAGUGCGUCGGCAGCCAGGCGCACUACGCGCGCUCCGAAGACGAGGACUCCUUGUCGCCGGCCUCGGCCAACGACGACAAGGAGAUUUCCCCCUUAUGAGGGCGGGCCGCCCCACCUCCCUCCACCUGCUCC